AUGAUCUGUACGAAGCAACUUUCACUCCUCCUACUUGCAUGUGCAUGUCUAGCAGUGGCACAAAAGGGUCACUUCUACCGACGACACAAUCGGGGCCUACGAAGAGACUACUUCCGUGGCUUGGAAACAGUAGAUUACACCAUCCACUACAACUUUGCAACAACAGCUCCUGGUAUUAACGAUGGUGAAGUCGAACAGGAGAAUGUUGGUGAUCGACCACCAAUCAAUGAUGAUGAGCUCCCAUCCUCAAAGGGAGAUGGCCGUCCAAGUGCGGCACCCUCGACCUCUACCAUGCCAUCUGACAUGCCAUCAGACAUGCCCUCCCUUGCCCCUACCACGCCUAUCGAUGAUGAUGAAUUUCCAUCCUCCAAGGGCGACGGUACCGAUGACGAACUUCCGUCCUCCAAGGGCGAUGGCACCGACGACGAGCUUCCAUCCUCCAAGGGCGAUGGUACCGAUGAUGAAUUGGGGUCCUCCAAGGGAAGCAAGAAGGGAAGCAAAAAGUGCAGUUCUUCCACAUCCAGUCAUUCUUCCAAGUCCAGCAAGCGAUCAUCCUCCGGAAAGGGAGGAAAGGGAUCGAGUACUAGCAAGAAGUCUGGAAAGGGCAGCAGCAGCAGCAGCAGUGGAAAGGGCAGCAGCAGCAGCAGCAGUGGAAAGGGCAGCAGCAGCAGCAGCAGCGACUGCGUGGAAGACGAAGAUGAGCAUGUGGAUGGUGACGAAGAAGAAACCUCCAGUGGCAAGGGUGGCAAGGGCAAGGGAACGUCUACUUCCAAGAGCAGCAAGCGAUCAUCUUCUGGAAAGGGAGGAAAGGGAUCAUCCGUAAGCAGCAGCAUGGAUGAGCACCCAGAGGAUGAUGAAGCCAUGGAUGGUGACAUGGAUGGCGAUGAAGCCAUUGAUGGUGAUGAGCCCGUGGACAGUGACAUGGAUGGUGAUGAACCUGUGGAUAAUGACAUGGAUGGUGAUGAAGCCAUGGAAGGUGACGAAGCCACUGAUUCAGACAUGGAUGGCGAUGAAGCCAUGGACGGUGAAAUGGACGGUGAAAUGGACGAUGAAGCAGCCGUGGACGGUGACGAUGCCACGGACGGUGAGGACAUGCACGAAGAUAUGGAUGAAGGCAUGGCCUCUGGCAAAGGUAUGACAACAAAAUCUAGCAAAAAGUCUGGAAUGUCUUCCAAGAGCGGUAAAGGAAGCAGCAGCACUGACGAAGCCAUGGACAGUGAUGUGGAUGGCGAGGACGACACCACAGACGAGGAUACUGACAGUAGUACUCCUGGAAAGGGCGUCACCAUGUCAACCAAGAAAGCUGGUUCCAAGUCCAGCAAGGGUAAGGGAGGAAAAUUGUCAGCGCCCUUGCUGUCCAAAAAAUCUUCAAAUGAUGAACGCAAGUCAAGCUACAAACUGUCCAAGCGAAGAUAA